AUGUUGCAGCGCAUAAUUCUGCUUAUUGAAAAGCUCCUGCCAGCUCCUCACAACGACAUGGUAAUUGAUAUUCUCUUCAAACUAGCUACAUGGCAUGUCCAUGCGAAGCUCUGUUUACACAUGUCAAAAAGUCUUCUGCUGUUCCGCCAGUCAACAAAACGUCUUGGUAUGGUUGUACGCCAGUUCCGCAAUACAACAUGUGACACAUAUCACACCAUGGAGCUGCCAAAGGAAGAGGCUGCACGUGGACAUCGAGAAGCUACGAUGAGUGCUAAUGUGAAGUUGUCUGCGACUUGGAAGCAAAACGCAGCUGCACCAAGGGGUCCCAAAGUGAAGAAACUCAAUCUGCAGACUUACAAGUGGCACGCACUGCCUGACUAUCCACCAACCAUCGAACGAUAUGGAACUACAGACAACUACACAUCUCAAAUCGUAUGUACCAUCAUUUUUUGCGUAAUAUUCAAAUGA